CUUUUCUUUCUCUUUUUUCUUUUCUUUGUUCUUUAUAUACAUGAUAUGACUUCACUUUCACCACCUACAUCUCCUAUUGUGUCUACAUACACGUCCCAUUUUGUACAGGCACUUCAUGAUUAUCUACCUUCUUCAGCUCCUAUCACAGAUGAACCAGUGACAUGCUUAUUCUUUAAGAAAGGAUCUAUUAUAGAAGUAUUCAACAGAGAUGAUUCUGGUUGGUGGGAUGGUCAAUGUGGCGAUAUCAGAGGAUGGUUUCCAAGUAAUUACGUUGGAAGAAUCGGUGAAGCUAAAAGAUCGAGCAUAGACUUUGAACCUGAAAAUGAUGAAUUGAUUCAUUGGCAACAGGAGCAAUUAAAAAAACAAAAAGAGCAACAAUUAGAACAACAGCACCACCAAGAACAAGAACAUAGAUUAUCAUUCAUGGAAGAAGUCACAGAGAUAACAAAGAAAGUUAUCAAAGAAUACAAUAAUGACAUUCAAGAAUCAGUACAUAUUCCCCAUCUCGUUUCAUGUAUAAGAUCUAUCCUUAUAGAAUUCAACAUUUACAAUAAGGAUAGUCCAUUAUUAAAAGUAUAUCCUGAAAUGGCAAAACAAAGAAUACAUGUCUUUUGCAUUUUAAACAAACUAGCCUUGGCAUACAAACAACACGACCAAGAUAUAGAAGAGAUUAUAGAUAUACUGCUCACAGAGCUCAAUCAAUUCGAAAAACUGCUCAUGAACACAUCUUCCAUACUCGAUGGCUCUGUUUCCUCACGAUGUUCAUCUAUCGCCUCCUCAACAUUCUCAACCAAUUUGUACUCGGACUAUUACUCAAAUUCAACCUCAUCCGUCAAAUUAAAUGUUGAUCAGGUACUACAAUCUGUACUUGAACAUCAGAAUGUCGUUCAGGAAUUACUCUCCAAUUUACUCGCCCAAUUACCUCAAUUUCUCGCAAAACGUCAUCAAGAGAAAGCUAUGGAAUUAUUGGAAGUGACUAGAAAAGUUGUAGAAGCGGUCAAGGGCUACUUAUCAGUCAUUGAGUACGUCUGCUCUAGUCUCGAUGACUUUGUUGAUAAAGGCUUAUCCAUCAUACCAGAAGAUCCCCAACUGGUUUCAUUAGUAUUUGCCAAGGAAUCUGUCUACAGCGCCAUCACUAAUCUCGUCACUGCUAUUCGUGCCGCAUCAAGCCACAUGAGUAAAGAAGAAGACCAUGCACUUGAGCUGGAUCAUCUCAACCAUUGCUGCGAACAAGUGAUCAAAACAAUCAAUCAUUGUGCUGACAAUUUGCGCACCUGCUUGUUAUCGUCAUCGUCAUCAUCCUCCACAUCCACCAUUGAACAACCAACACCAAAUGAAGAAGAAGUCAUGAUUUCGUCUAAAUCUUUCCAUAACAACCUAGAGAUGAUGAAUCGAAAGAUCUCGAGUCUAAAAGCAAUCCAGCAGCAACUUUCUGCAUCUGAGCAGGAAGAGACGAUCAUAUUGAAACCAUCCAUCUCUGAUCAUUUAGUUUCAAAAAUUCAACAACAACAAUUACAACAACAACAAAAUCAUUACCAUCAGCAUCAACAUCAACAACAGCCACUCCCUGUUCGCCAUCUUUCAUUACGCGCCCGAGCAUCGUCUGUAAAUAGUUCUACUCCUCCUCCACUUCCAAAGCAUACUGUAUCUACUGCAUCCAAGAGACGACCAAGAGGUCUUAGUUUAACAUCAUUACGUUCCUCGCUUCAUAAAUCUCGAUCGAUUGCUUCUUAUGAGAGCUUACCUGAUGUUACCAAGACCUCAAGUAGAUCUUCACUAGAUUCCAAAAUCGUUCCUCCUCUUCCUCCUGCAAGUACCCCUUAUAAGGAAUAUGAGUUCCUGAAGGAUACUCAGUUAUCUGAAGAGGAGGCAAUCUUCAACCAGGAUGGCUAUCUCACAGGCGCCACGCUGGAGGCACUGGUACAAUUAUUAACUCUGCAUGAAAAAUCUCCAGAUCUCUUAUUUAUUCGUGCCUUCUUUUAUAACUUUCGUUUGUUCACUAAUCCACAAGAAUUAGUGAAGUUAUUGAUUCAACGAUUCCAUCUGCAGCCUCCUGAAUCAUUAUCCGAGGAGGAGUUGGCUAUUUGGACCAGCCGUGUGCUAAUACCCGUUCGUUUACGUGUUUAUAAUGUCAUCAAGACGUGGUUAGAAUCGUACUUUGACUAUAGUCGAGACGCUGCUGUUCAAAAGGAAUUACUUGAGUUUACUGAACGCGACAUGAGUCAAGUUAUGCCUAGUCCGGCUAAACGUAUGGCAAAUAUAAUUCACAAGGCCCUUAUUACUAAAGGCCAGUUACCUUCUAAACAACAACAACAAUCACAACAGCCACCUUCUUCUUCCAGCAGCCACAAUAGUUCUAUCUUUUCAAACCUCUCCUUAUUUGAUGAUCAUAACGUAUACCCGCCAUCCAUCAUCAGCAAAUCAACUCGAAACACACUCAAACGUGCAUUACUAUCGCCCGAACCCCUGUUAUCGGCAAUUCAUCUUCAGGACAUUGACCCUGUCGAGCUCGCACGACAGAUCACUCUCCUUGAAAACGCCUUAUUUUGUCAGAUCAGGCCGUACGAAAUUAUAGGUCAGGAGUUUAAAAAGAAGCAUGGCGAGAGCAAGGCUGUACACGUAAAAGCGAUGAUCCAAAAGAGUACACAGAUCACAAGCUGGAUAUCGGGAAGCAUAUUGAACGAAAAUGACGUCAAGAAGCGAGCCCAAUUAAUCAAGUAUUGGAUCAAAGUGGGUGAUGCAUGUUUACAUAUGAACAACUAUAAUACUCUGAUGGCCAUUCGGUCUGCACUUGACUCAACCUGCAUUAUCCGGCUUAAAAAGACGUGGGAAUAUGUAUCAAGCAAGUACCGGUCAAUCUGGGAACCUAUCUACAAGGCCACAGACUCACAGCGUAACUUUGCCGAAUACCGUUCCAGACUCAAGACAGCGGUGGCACCUUGUCUACCUUUCUUGGGUGUCUACCUAACAGAUGUAACAUUUAUUGAUGAUGGUAAUGCAGAUUAUCGUAUGUCUCCUGGUGGUAAAAGACUAGUGAAUUUUGAUAAAUACAUCAAGACGACCAAAGUGUUGAACGAGAUUGAUCAAUUUCAAAUUCAUUAUCGAUUCACUGAGGUAGAUGAAAUUCAACAUUAUCUUAAAAGAAUACUCGAAUCUGUUGAACAAGAUGAUCAAGUAUUUUAUGCUAAAAGUUUGAAGCUUGAACCAAAAGAAGAAAACGAUACCAAUUCAUAACUUUGUACAUAGUAUUUUACGUUUAUAAAUAGUCUUGUUUGAUUUACAGGUUACUCAAACAAUAAAAUUUUUCAUGGCUGCAUUUUUCAUUUGAUUUACCCCUUUUUUCCUUGGGGACUUGUAAAACCGCAGCAAGAUGGUUUAUGGAGUUUAAAUAAAAAGAAUAAUGAACCAUGAAAAUACGACUUUAUGUUUCCUGUUCUUGGGUUUUCCAUUUUGGUGGACAAAAUACCUCUUUUGAUUUGUUUAUUCUGUUCGUCGAGCGGAGUGAAGGUUGAAUGGAAAAAAAGAAAAACAACUU